UUGCGUGUUGAGUUGCGAGCCCAAGGAUUCACACGGUCUAUAGUUAGCUCUCCUAAACGUCGAAGUCUGCGGCACGACACGAUCUCUUUCAGUGACGUGAUAUUAUUUUCAAACUUUUAACGCGUUCCUUUAAAUCACUCGAACGCCGGAGGGUUGCGUUUAAAUGCGCGUUAUUAGGAAAAUCCAUCGAAGAGCGCGAAUGCCAUGUGUUUUGGAUUUAAAGUAAGAAAACCCGGGACUGUUAUGGCCCAGCGAUGUUUAUGAAAUUGCUUUAAUGAGAGGAACGCGCUAUUUCGAGGAAGCGAUUUAUCAACGCAUCGGUUCAUAUAACUGUGUGAACUGAGAAAAUGGCACUGGGAAUGAUUUCGUUUUUGGCUCUCUGCAUCUUUUUUAUUCAAGUGCCACAGGGCCAAACUGGAUGUGCUGAAGUAGACUCCAUGACAGAAGCUGUGGCUGGCGAAGGCUUUCUGCUGGGUUGCAUUUCUUGCAAAAGGAGAGAAGAAGUUCCUGGUUCUGCUAUUGUUGAUUGGCACUACAAAGCAGCCGGAUCUGAAGAGUUCAUCCAGAUUUUUCAGUAUGAAUAUAAUAACCCCACUAUUCUUCAUGAAAACUUUGAGGGAAGAUUAGAGUGGCAAGGAACUAUGGGGACGAAGGAUGUGCAGAUUGGUUCGGUCUUUCUUCACAAUGUGACGUAUAAUGACAGUGGGACUUACCUCUGUACCUUCCACCGAACGCUGUACCAUGUUCUGGAUGAGGUAGAUGUGGUAAUAACUAAAGAGGUGGAACUCACGGUUGUGGAAAAAGCAAACCCUGAGCUGACGGCUGUGAUUUCUGAGAUCAUGAUGUACGUGUUGAUCGCAGUCCUGCAGCUGUGGAUGAUUGCAGUGCUGAUUUACUGCUAUAGGAAGAUCUACGCUGAGAACGAAGCUCGAGAGGCCAGAAAAGCUGCACGCUCUCAAAGCAAACUUGUUGAAUCGAAGGACCCUUGCGAUGGCAUUUAUUUGGAAUAACUACAGUUUUGGUUGGUAGGCUUAUUAUUUGCAGUGAAUAGAGACUAGGAUUAGUAAAUUAUUGGUUUAUAUAUAUAUAUAUAUAUAUAUAUAUAUAUAUAUAUAUAUAUAUAUAUAUAUAUAUAUAUAUAUGAUAAAUAUUCUUAUAAAAAAAAGUUCAUUCAAAAAUUAAAAUCAGCUGAAAACUUACUCACCCUCAGGCCAUCAAAGAUAUAGAUAAAUGUAUAUUUAUGUCUUCACCUCAUUCAGUUUAUGGGAAUGAGAGUCCAAACAUUAUUUUCAUCAGCUGUUUUUCACCAAAUAUGCUUCAAUGAAGACAAAAAUGCACCUAGUGGGUGAGAAAUGUUUUUUUUUUUUUUUUUGGGUAAACUAUUUCUUUAAUAAUAAUGAUGAAGCCUCUGUAUAUUUCUAGUGACAUUUCUACAGUAGCGAAGCACUGACUAAGCUAAAGCAGAAUUCAGCAUGUUUUAUUCAUACAGCAGUGAAAACAAAUACAAUAUUGUAUUAAUGAGACAUUAUAUGCAAAAUGGAAUCACUAUAAAGGUUCUGAAUAAAUAGACAUUUUACAAGGGAUAGUUCACCCAUAAAUAAAACUCAUCCUCAUGUUGUUCCAAACCUACAUGAUCUUCGUUCAUCUUUAGAACACAAACUAAAUAUUUUUUAGGAAUUUUAUGAUAAAAUCCAAGAACUCUAGUGCCGUUUUGGAGAGCAUCAUGAAGCAUGUGCAUAUUUUGAUCUGCAUGUAAACAGUGGAGGCAGAACAUAUGCACCUUUUUUGCGUGUAGAUAAGAGCAUGCACAUGAUUCUCUUCAAAAUGCCUCUCCAGAGUGAAGCAGAAGAAGAAAAUUGUAGAAUAAAGCUGUUAUUUUUGUUUUCUAUGUGCACAAAAAGUAUUUUUGUAGCUUUGUACACGUUUGCAAACGUGUAUUACGGUUGAACCACUGAUGCCACAUGGACUAUUUUAGCAAUGUCCUUGCUACACUUCUGGGUCUAGGAACCGUUCAGUUAAGUUACUGUCUGAGGAGGGUCAAGCUCUCGGAUUUUAACAAAAUAUCUUAAUUUGUGUUCCGAAGAUGAAGAAAGGUCUCAUGGGUUUGGAACGACAUGAAGGGUGAGACAUUUAUUUUUGGGUGAUUUAUCCCUUUAACUGUGAAUUACACCAGCCUGAAGAAAUUGAAAUGGUUUGCUUGUUUAUUGAACGGUGAUUAAAAGAUAAGUUGGCAAAGACAAGAAUUUGUCAUCUUAGGUUAGCAAGCAAGAUUUUGGAUGCACCCUUUCUUGUUUGCAAAAAAAAAUGUAGGGGAAACAACAUUCGAAUUUCAGGCAUUAAAACAUUUAAAACGUUUAAA